AUGCCCAGCAUAGAGCUGAAGCUCUCCCGAUUCAAUCGUAUAUAUCAACCAUCUUUAUAUAAUGCUGCUGCUGUAAUACGAUAUCAGGAUUUUCUGGAGGGCAAAAUCUUAAUAAGGUCAUCUUCCUCCAUUUCUCACUAUGGGAUUGUCCUCACCCUCAAUGGAUCGGUCAACUUGCAGGUUCGUGGAGGAUCAGCUGGUGUCAUCGAGUCUUUCUAUGGUGUUGUGAAGCCUAUUCCAAUUGUGAAGAAGAACAUUGAGAUCAGAACUUCUGGGAAGAUUGGUCCAGGCACAGCAGAGAUACCAUUUUCCAUAAAUCUGAGGCAGCGUGGAGAAGAAAAUUUAGAGAGGUUCUAUGAGACCUUCCAUGGAAGGAAUAUUAGCAUCCAGUAUUUGAUAACUGUAGAUGUAAUGCGGGGAUACCUACAUAAAUCGUUAUCUGCAACGCUGGAAUUCAUUGUUGAAACUGAUAAAGCUGAUAUUCUUCAGAGACCGAUUUCUCCUGAGAUGGUUGUCUUUUACAUUACUCAGGAUACUCAGAAACACCCGUUACUUCCUGAACUAAAAACAGGUGGCUUUAAGGUGACAGGAAAAGUGUCAACUCAAUGUUCUUUGGUGGAUUCUAUCAAUGGAGAGCUAACAGUAGAAGCAUCUUCAGUUCCUAUUCAAUCUAUUGACUUGCACUUGCUCCAAGUAGAGUCAAUUCUUCUCGGGGAAAAAAUUGUAACUGAAACAUCCUUGAUACAAACAACACAGGUUUGCCACAUUCCAUGUCUUUUCAGAAAUGUUUUAACUUAUGUAAUGUUUAUUUGA